CCUUUAGUCCAGGUAGAGAUAAACAGAUAAUUCGAACGUAAAGUUUUGUGUCAAGAGAUCAUGGCGAACCCCGUUCUUUUAUUUCUUUUAGGAUUUUUAAUGGUGUCCAAUGUUCAAGGUGACUUUACAUGCACCUCUGACAGCGACUGCCUUUUGACUGGUUAUCAUUGCUGCACGGGAUCUAUUUACUGUUGUCCGGACGGGUACGUCUGCACUGGUGGCGCCACCUGCAUAAGUAUUGGGGUAAUUGUGGGCCCUAUCGUUGGUGGUGUUGUCCUUAUCGUCAGCUGUAUCGUUGGUUGUAUAUGCUACAAUCGAAGAAGACGACUGCCUCCUCCAACAGUUUAUGCACAACAAGCUCCUACAACUGUGGCGUACGGACAACAAGCUCACGGACAACCUCAAGCUUAUGGACAACAAAAUUACAAAUAAUUUUUUAAACAUACGAGUCAAU